UUUAUCAUGUAUUUCUAAACUAAUAAGCGUACCAACCAGGGCUAUAUAUAGCAUUACCCAUGAUAAAUUAACAAGGGUUUAAAUGAUAAAUUUACCAGAGAAAAAAAAAACAUGAAAAAUAUGUAAAUGACCCGUAUACAUUUUUUAUCUGUGACUAACCGUCAGCCCAAGUGGUUUACAGAAGAUGAACCUCUGCAGCAGAAGCCCAACACUGUCACAACUCGCAACUUCACAAAAUCACAAGUCACAAACACACGACCAACUUUGACUCCUCUCCUGUUACUCUGAAUAAUUUGCUAAACCCUGCAAAACCCUAAAAAUUAAGGAACCAAAUUUGGGGAAAUUGGAGUAAUAUCAACAAUGGAGGAAGCUCAGAUGAAGGAAGAAUUCAAGACUGAAACAAACGAAACCCAGAUGGAGGAGAAGGAAACCGAAGAUACCCAAUUGGAGGAAAAAGAUUCCUACUUACAAACUGAGGUUGCUCCUGCUCUUAUUGCUCUUCACCCCUUCGAUCAAUCCAUUGCAGUAACUGUUGGUUCGGAGCUCCGAAUUUUCAAUCUUGUUAAAAAUUGUGCAGUCUCUUUGGCAGAUGAAUCCAAGGAGAUGCUACAUAGAGAUUCUAUUAGAGCUUUACGUUUUAGUGACUCGGGAAAGCUAUUGGUAUCUGCCGGUGAUGACAAGCUUGUUAAGAUAUGGGGCGCGGAAUCCUGGCAAUGCCUUUGUACUGUAAAUUCGGAGAAAAGAGUUAGCGCAGUUGCUAUUAGCAAAGAUGAGCAAUAUGUCUGUUUUGCGGACAAAUUCGGAGUUGUUUGGAUUGUAGAUCUUGUAGGGCUUGCUGAAAAUCAGCCUAACCCCGACAAGAAUGCUGUGGCAAUUUUUGGCCACUACUGUAGCAUCAUUACUAGUCUGGAAUUCUCGCCUGAUGGACGUUUCAUAGUCAGUGCUGACCGGGACUUCAAAAUUCGUGUUAGUGUGUUCCCCAAAUAUCCCUUGAAAGGAGUCCAUGAGAUUCAGAGCUUCUGUCUUGGUCAUUCAGAGUUCGUGUCAUGCCUCACUUUUGUGCACAACUCAGAUUUCCCACAGGGCUUUCUCGUGUCAGGAAGUGGUGAUUCAACUGUUUGCAUGUGGGAUGUUACAUCUGGGUCACUUCUUUGCACAAGUGAUGUUGGAAGAGAGGCAAAUUUAUCAGAGGAAAGCCAUCCGGCUGUUACUGAUCUAUAUGCCACUGCUGAUGGGUCAUUAGUUGCAGUCGCAAUUCAGAGCUUGCAAGGGAUAUUAUUAUUGAGCUGUGACCUCUCAGCCAAAAGGCUUUCCAUGCUCAAGGUGGUUCCUGUACCCGGAGAAACAUUCAUCCCAACAAGACUUGGGACGAAGUUGUCAGGAAACUUGUUAUGGAUGGUUACUGGUGCCUCAAAUUUACCUGGUACCAAAGAGUCAUCCUUUGCACGCAUCAGAGCUGUGUCAUGUUUUAAGAAAAAGUCCAAUGAUUCAGAUCUUGAGCCUAGAGUUUUGGAAGAUACAGAGGUACCUGGAGGAGAUCAAUUGCUAGAGAAGUUGCAAGGAAGUGUGUCUGUAGAGAGUACGGUUUUCUCUGCUGCUGCUGAUGCCCUAAAUGCUGCAAUGAGCAGUUUAUUGAGAAAAAAGCAGUAUUCUGAUGAGAAACGCGAUUUCAGAAAGAAGACUAGAAAUGAUAAGAAAUUUAAACAAUGAUAUAAAAGAUUAUUAGUAGCUCUUCAUUUAUUUUUAUUGAAGUUAUUUACACAUGGUUCAGAGCUUGAGGCUUCUCUCAUGUAAUUCUAAGGUAGAAUGUGUUUGUUGCCAUGCCAUUUGUUGUAUCACUAACUUCCCUGUGAAAAAGAAUUUUGUAACUUAUUCGAUACCUUAUUCAUUUUGUUUACCCAGCUACACUGUAUAAUUACAUUAAGCUUCUUUCUCAAUGUCGAAGGGUGAGUUAUGAUUGUA